UUUGACCAGCAGGAGAAUGUUGACCAGGGCUCCUCGGAGGAUCUGUGCUACACCCUCAUCAAUCACAGCGUCCUCGGGAAAAGGCCAUCAGGGAACGCUGCUGAGGAGUGCUAUGAGAACGUUCCCCUCAAGGCUGAGAGGCCCAGAGAGUCGCUGGGCGGAAACGGGACUGAGUAUUCGCUUCUUCGUGUGCCUUCGGCCCCUAGGCAUCCGUCCUCCCCAGAAGAUGAAUAUGAACUUCUCAUGCCCAGUAGAAUCUUCUCUGACUCCCUGAUAUAGCCACAUCCACUUAUGCCCCCUUCUCAGGCUCAAUCUUCUCAUUUCUAA